AUGAUGGUGCUUCUUGUGCUCCUGGCUGCGCCAGCAUGCAUUUCAGCAUUGGCUCCCACGCCGCGGCAGCCGUCUCUCCGGCACUCCAAGCGGCUCCUGCCGCGGCUGCUCCCGCCGUGUCCGACUAUGGCGGAGGGAGGCUUCUCGGGUGGCUUUCGCAGCACGCUCGAGCGCCUCGCCUCCAACUUUGUGGAGGCGCGAUCUCGGUCCGCCGCCGAGCUCAAGCAGCGGUGGUCUCAGCCUCCCGCGCCUGCUGACGCCUCCCGCCUGGCGACCGUCGCAGCGUCCGCUCUCGUGGCGGCUGUGGUGGUCGAAGCGCUCUCCCUCGGCGCGCUGACGCUCGGUGCCUGGGCGUUUGACUUGGCCCUCGCGCCCGGGCGCGGCCGCCUCUCGGCGGCAGCUGGCGCGGCCUGGGCGCUGCGGCGCGAGUGGCGAAGCGGCCGCCUGGUCGUCGAGGUGCUCCUCGCUCCGCUUCUCUUCGCGGCGGCACGGCGGGAGCGGGCGCCUAUCUCCUAUCUGCGCGAGCGCUGCCUGCAGGCCGCCGCCGUCGCUGCCUGUGCCCUCCUCACCCUCCGUGCGCUCGACCGCGGACCGCUCGCCGCCCUCUCCCUCUCCCCUGCAGCUGCGCUCGCAGCCCGGCUCGGUGCGCCUGCCCUCGAGGAGGCGCCGCGCGCCGCAGUCAGCGCCGUGGCCGAUGCGGCGGCUGCGGUCGGUGCGGCGGCGCGCGCCCUCCCACUCAGCAGCAGCGUGUGCGGCGGGCUCAGCCGCAUCGCCUCCACCGAGGAUGUCGCUGUCGAGAUCGGCAGGCGGGCGCUUGCGGCGGCGUGGGCUCUGUACGAGGACUCGUGGCUUCGCAUCGUGCUCCGCCAACUGCGCGGGGUGCUUCUUCAGACGCUGCUGGGCUAG